GGCGUUGCGGGUAACUGAAUCCGGCCCGGAAUCGCAACAUUGGAAAAUACUCAAAUAGGAAAGAAAGAAACCGGCGGGAAACCUUGUGGGUCUCUUAAUUUCUUUUCUGCACUUUGAUUGGCGCUUCACCUCCCUUAUCCGCAUAGAGCAACGUAACUGGAGCGGGAGAAAUCACCUAAACUAAAACAGAAAAAGAAAGAGAAAUCAAUCAAGAGUGACUUUUUGAGCGAGAAGAGAAGCAAAUCCCUGUGUAUUUGGAAGCUAUAGAUCUGCCAGAGACGAUACGGAUGGAGCAGCGGGCGUGAGCGAUAUUUUUCUUGGCGGCGAAGGAGAGCUCUGGAGAAUAGAGCCCGCUACUGGGGAUACCGCUCUUUGUUGUUGCAAGCCUCCUGCCAAGAAAGGUAAACAUCUAGUAAGUUAGUGGAUAUCGCUUCUCCGAACCAUAACAUCCACCCAUUGUUUCUCUUCUGAUAACGCAGUUCCUAAGUUUUGCUUGCUAGUGAAAGUUGAAUGAUCAAAACCUGUUCCCAGUUCCCUGUUUGGUUGAUGAUCAAUACUAGAUAUAUUUUCUUUCUCCGUUGAGAGCUGAGUCUAGCCUUUGGGAUUUGACGUGCUUGAGGAGAAGAAUGUGGACUUAUCGAAUAAGAUAGAGGAAGGUUUUGGACCAAUUAAAUGAACUGGGGAUUCUGUCAAUUACAGAUUGGAUGUACGAACUGAUUAAUGCUUUUGCUGUAUCUCUCGGGUCCCAGAAAAUUGAUUGUUUAUAUGGAUGGGUUGCAUGUCUUGGUGAAAUCAAGUGCUGAAGAUUGUCGAGAUCUAAAGAAGCGAUGGAAGCCAUUAGAGAGAGUGGAAGACAUGCUUGAUAAAUUCGAUUGUGUGUGCUGUCUUUGAUUAUUACAUGGGGCAGAGUUUCUUUUGCAGUAGUCAUUUCCUUGGGAGAAAGUGGAGAUGGUAUCUGGAAGUUGUCCCCGCUUAUAUACGGAGUGCAUAAACUUCAUCUUAAGCUUCUUAUUGAUUUGCUUGGAUUUGUGUUCAGGGAUCUCAUUAAUUAUUGCCUCAACAUCUUCUACGUAAGUCCAAGUUGUAACCCUUACCACACAAGUCAGCUUCUUAGAGGAGAUAAAGAAGGAACUUGAAGAUCCCAGUACAAGGCCUGUGAGAACAAUGGAUAGAAGUUGGAUACAUGAGCCUAAUAGAUUCAGUGAGAAGUUUUUGAAAGGGCUUUAUAAUUUUAUUCUUUUUGCCAAAGCUUCCGCGAGAGAUGGAAGAUUUGCUUGUCCUUGUCAAAAGUGUGUGAACAUGCAGCGGUUCUCACCAGGUGUUGUUUCUUCUCAUAUACUGCAAAAUGGGUUCUCGCCGGGGUAUACAGAUUGGAUUUUCCACAGAGAUCCAACCUCUCAAACUAGUGAUUCUAGUUAUUCCCACCAAAAUGAUGAUGGACUAAGAGAAGUUGAUGCACAAGAGCAACACGGCGUUCAACAGUUUCUUGAGGAUAUGGCUGUUGGUUAUGAUGAGAUUGAAAAUUCAAGAUCCAGGGUAGAAAAUGAUUGGGGUGAUAGCUCCACUAUUGAUGAUGGCACCCAACCAACUGAGGCAUAUGAAUAUGCCAAAAGGUUCCAUGAUUUAUUGGAAGAAUCUGACGAGGAACUUUUUAGUGGAUGUCGUAAGCAUAGCAAACUCUCAUUUAUCCUUGAGUUAUACAACAAGAAGUGUAUGUAUGGAUGGAGUGAUAAGUCUUUUGAGGACUUACUGACCACAAUGAGGGAGACGUUGCCUGAAGGGGAAAAACUUCCAGAGUCAUCUUACGAAGUCAGAAAGUUAAUUGAUGCAUUGGGUCUUGAUUACCAAACAAUCGAUGCAUGUCCAAAUGAUUGUAUGCUGUUCUGGAAAGAACAUAUUGAUGAGCCUAGAUGCUUACACUGUAAUGCAUACAGAUACAAGGAAGAGACUGAAAGUUCAUCGACUUCAAAAAGAAACAAGAUUCGAAAGGGAGUGAAAGUACUCCGUUGGUUUCCUCUGAUUCCAAGACUUCAAAGGUUAUUCAUGUGCAAAAAGACGGCUUCUUUAAUGAGGUGGCACUUUGAUGAACGCAGGGACGAUGGGUACUUGAGACACCCUGCGGAUGCUCGUGCAUGGAAAGAUUUUGAUAGUCGAUAUGCUGACUUUGCUAAGGAGCCGCGCAAUGUUCGACUAGGACUGGCCACUGAUGGGUUUAACCCUUUUAGGUCAUUAAGUAGCACUCAUAGCAGUUGGCCAGUGGUUGUAACUGCCUACAAUUUGCCGCCCUGGUUAUGCAUGAAACAGUCUUCUUUGUUCUUGUGCUUACUCAUUCCUGGACCUAAAUCACCCGGAGCUAAUAUAGACAUCUACUUGGAGCCCUUUAUUGAAGAGCUGAUUCAUUUAUGGGAAAAAGGAGUUGAUACAUAUGAUGCUCACGCGAAGACUACUUUCAAGUUGCAUGCAUCGUUGCUAUGGACUAUAAAUGACUUUCCGGCUUAUAGCAUGUUAUCAGGUUGGAGAACGAAAAAAGGCUAUGGAUGUCCAUGCUGUGGCUUCAAUACUUGGUCAAAAUGGUUAACGCAUGGUAACAAAUAUUGUUUUUUGGGGCAUCGUCGGUUUUUAAGCUAUGAUCAUUCAUGGAGAAGAAAUAAGAAAUGUUUUGAUGGCACAGAAGAGUUGAGAGGACCACCUGUUCGGAUGACCGGAUCUUGCAUUCGUGAUUUAUGGGAUUCUAAUGGAUCAACAAGGGAUCUAAAUGGUACAAACAUAAACAUCACGGAGGGGUGCAACAAGAAAAGCAUAUUUUUUCGUCUUCCUUAUUGGGAGUACAAUCGAGUUAGACAUAACCUUGAUGUCAUGCACAUUGAAAAGAAUGUAUGUGAUAACAUUUUAGACACAUUGUUAAGUGUUCGAGGGAAAACCAAGGAUAACUUGAAGGCUCGCUUUGAUAUGCAGGAAAUGGGUAUAAGACGCACUCUUCACCCAUUUAAGUUGCCUACUGGGAAAUACGAAGCAGCCCCCGCUCUUUUUGAGAUGUCUUCGACAGAGAAAAAACAAAUGCUUCGUGUGCUAAAACAUGUGAAGGUACCUGAUGGAUAUUCUUCCAACAUAUCUCGUUGUGUAGAUGUGAAACACAAGAAGAUAAGUGGUUUGAAAAGUCAUGAUUGUCAUGUAUUACUACAUGAUUUGUUACCAGUAGCAGUGAGGGGAUGUCUGAAAGAUAGAGUAGCUAGAGCCUUAAUUGAUUUGAGUGCUUAUUUUAGAGAACUAAGUUCUAAAGUUCUUAAAGUAAGUCGUCUUGAGGAGAUGGAAGUAGAGAUUGGAGAAAUAUUGGCUCGUAUGGAGAUGAUAUUUCCUCCAUCAUUUUUUACUAUCAUGGUCCACUUGGUCGUACAUCUUGUAGAAGAGGCCAAAUGGAAUGGACCCGUGCAAUAUCGAUGGAUGUAUCCAAUAGAGAGGUACUUGAUGACACUCAAAGCUCAUGUUGGGAACAAGGCUUAUCCUGAAGCCUCAAUUGCUCAAUGGUACAUUGCAAAUGAAGCAAUUACAUUUUGCUCUAGAUACUUUGAAGGAGUCAGAACAAGAUUUAAUAAACCUGCAAGAAAUAGUGAUGACAUGGAUCUAUUGAGAACGGAAGAUUCCCCUGUGAACACUACUUCGGGUCAUCCCAUUGGAAAAGUAGAAAAUAUUAUCCUUGAUCCUACUUCUUGGGUUCAGGCUCACCGAUAUGUGCUAUACAACUCAAAGGAAGUUCUCCCAUACAUAGAAGAGCAUAAGGAUGAGAUUAAAAGGAAACUUUCAAGCAGAAAUCGUAGAAAUAAUGCUUCUCGUCUAAUUGAAAUUGAGAAAGUCCACCAUUCCACCUUUGUUGAUUGGUUCAAAGGACGGGUAGCUAGGCUAGAGGAGAUGCAUGAUCCGCGAUUUACUGCUGAACUGAAAGGGCUAGCCCGAGGUCCGAACUAUGGGGUUAGACAAUUUAAAGGUUACAUCACCAAGGGAGUCAGAUAUCAUGCAAACUGUCGUGAAGAGGAAAGAAAAACUCAAAACAGUGGCGUUGUUGUAGCAACAAAGACCUCAAGUUUAGAAGGUGAAAUUUUAUAUUAUGGACGGAUAAUUGACAUGAUUGAGUUGAACUACUUCGAAAGGUUCAGAGUAGCUCUAUUUAAGUGUGAAUGGGUUGACGUGGAACGUGGAAGAGGGUUGAAAAAAGAUGCAUACGGAUAUACUAUGGUGAAUUUUUCAAGAUUGAUUCACACAGGGUCUAAUAUACGUGAUGAGCCUUUUGUCUUUGCAGAUCAAGUUAGGCCUGUAUUUUACAUUAAAGAUUCACAGGAACCUGAUUGGUAUGUGGCACUUCGAACAAAGCCUAGAGACACAUAUGAAUUGGGUGAUGAAUUAGUUUAUCAAUCGAAAAAUGCGGAUCAAUCACUCUCGGUGGAAAACGCUGGUCCAGCUAGUGAAGAUGAAAAUUGGGUUCGUAAUGAUUUACGUCCUGUAGCAUUUGAGUAUGUAGAUCCUGGUGUCGCUGCUACAACGAGUGUCAUGUCGGAAGAUGAAGCAUAGACUUUGGAAGUUUUACUUUUCAAUUUGACUUUUCAUUUUUCCGAUGAACAUUGAGUUGUACUUAGUUUCCAUUUGAAAUGACAAUGUUGAUUCACUCGAAUUGUGUGAUAAAAAAAUUAGCUGAAUGUUUUCUUAAAUGUUCCUGUUAUCAAUUGGAGUGCAUUGAAUAAUUGGUGCGGAGCCUGUUGGAAGCAACAUAUUAUCCGGGGGUAAGCCUGGAUUCAAGCCAUUGGGGGAUGAAGAGGUGUACAGCUUUAGGUCUGAUCAGAAUACGGAAAUACAUGUGUUAUGUCUGCAACAUAGCUACUGAAUGCCUCUUCUAAAAGCUUCCUCCUUCAUUGUCAUUUCUAAUUGAAGAUGUAUUGGUUUAAAUGUAUGCAGAUAGUGUGUUGGUCUUGAUUUUUAGUCCACCUGGUUAUGGAGUUGGGCUAUUGGACACAAGGCGGUAUGGUGAAGUAUGCUAAGUGGAGAUUUAUGGACUUACCACGAUUCACAUGAAUUUUAGAUGAUGAAAUUCAGAAAGUCUGGAUAAUCGAAUUCCUCAUCUAUGGGAUUGGCACUGGGUGCAAUCAUAGAAGUAAGUCUAGGAUCUGCCUCUCUAUUUGGCAUUCUUUUACUGUCUUCUAUUAUGCCCUUUAUUAAUUUUCAUAACUG